UUGUUGGAACACGAGGCUGGCAGUGGGCGCGAUGAUGUAUUUUGCUGACAUAUUUCACUAGCUGAGCCUUUGACAGCACUCUCUGAAGCUUAUAUGUACAUACACGUGAGGAGCCUCACACGUAUUCAGCGAGGGAUCACACUGGGAAGGUUGAAUUACCACAAACAGUAGAUGAGUGAAGGAGAAUACUCCAGUCCAAGCUGUGGUGAGGAGGUCACUACCUGCUGUCCCUCCUGCUGCUGCUGCUCCUCCUCCUGCUUACAGCAGCAUAAAUUACAAGGUGAUAGUAAAUUAUUACUAUGGAAGUAGACUGGGUCUAUCACAUGAGACGGGAAAUGCAAGAGAUUCUUCCAGGACUUUUUCUUGGCCCCUAUAGUGCAGCUACUAAAUCCAAGUUCAAUACCCUUUUGAAUAAUGGAAUCACACACAUCAUAUGCAUCAGACAGAGUAUAGAAGCACAGUUGGUUCGAGCUAAUUUCCCUGACAAAAUAAAGUACUUGAUACUUGACAUGGCAGACAACUUGACUCAAAACCUCAUAUCUCAUGUAUCAGAAUGUCGAAGUUUCAUUGAUGAAUGCCUUGCUUCAGGAGGAAAAUGUCUUGUUCAUGGCAACCUUGGAAUUUCCCGCAGUGCUGCAAUUGUAGUUGCUUAUGUUAUGGAGAAGAAGACGCUAACUUAUAAGGAAGCACUAGAAUUUGUGCAAAAUAGAAGAUAUUGUAUCAACCCGAAUGAUGGUUUCAAACAACAGCUAAUUGAGUAUGAAGCAAUUUACAGAGCCCAGCAGACUCUUCUCAAUGGUCAGUGUUCUCAAGAAAAAGGAAAACUUAAAAGAAAGCAUGAUCAGACUAUUGAUGAUUUUGAUCAGGAUUCUUCAGAACCAAUGGAAGCCUUAAGUUGAUAAACAGAAAUCCCUAUAUGGGCAAAAAAAUUCUUACACAAUCAGAAUUUGUGAUAAUUGAAAUAUUGUGGAACCAGACUGUUUCAUUAAUGGUCCUUGUAAAGAGUUAGUUUUUGUAAAAUUUUAUUUUUUUAUUUUCUUAAGGCUAGAUGAAAUAUUCCAGUAUAGCACAGUACUUUAGUAAGUUUAUUACUGAAAGGAAAGUCAUGACACUCAUUUCUCUUGUUUUGUGGAGGCUUAAGGUUAGAGUCUAGAUACUAUAGUCUUGAAUUCAACUUAUUUAUUUUUGAAUACAGAACUUUUAUAAGAUUUUUUAUACGUACUUGUAUAAUGUGUAGAAAUAUAAAUAAUUGAUGUUAAUAGUUUAUAGCGUAGACAGGCCUUUGCUCAUGUUAAAUUAAGACAUUUAUUUCUUCUUUGAGGAAAACACAAUGUUUUUGUUGAUAUGGACUUUGGAUAGCAGAUUGUUCUUUUAUUUUACAUUUUAAUUCUAAGCAUACCUAAUAAAGGUAGAAUUUUUUUAGUAUUUUUACAUUUCAUAAAAAAUGCAUACCUGUUGUUGCUUGAAGCAGACAGAUUCUGCAUUAAUUAAAUCUUUGUUUACAUAGAGCACAUCUUGAUAGAAAUAUCCCAUAUUUUACUUAGAAACUUGUUUAGUAUUAUCCUUCUCUGGUUACAUUGUAAGAUAGGAUACAGUAACACCAGCUUAUGUUUGUUUCAAUCUUUAUUGCAUUUCUUUGUCAAAACACAUGCUGAAAGCAAGUUUUCUUACUGUCAUCUACAGUGGAUGGAUAUGCUUCAUUUUCAAGUAAUCACUAAAUCAUGCUUUGUAUUUUAUUUUGUUACAGUGUACUUAACUGUCUGAAUAAUAUGAUGAAUCGCCACAAACAUUUUGACAAGCUCAUGUUCUCAGGGACAGUUCUAGGCUGCUAGGUUCUAGAAUGAGAGAGAAGGGGAGAAAGGAGAGAAUGUGUGGUUACCUAUUUGUGUAUACAAAUACAUUCAGUUAACUAUUUCUGCAUAUACAGUACAGUACAAGUAUAUGCUCAGUUAUCUAUUUGUGUAUACUAUACUUGCAAGUGUAUGAUCAGAUGCCUAUUUUCAUGUAUACAUGCAAGUAUAUUCAGCCACCUAUUUAUUAUGUAUACAUACAAAUGUAGGUUCAGUUACCUCUUAUAAACUAGGAGUAAAGCUAUGCUUAUAGAUCCCAUCUAUAAUUGCUGUCAUAAAUUUUUGAAGAUUUUACAAAUACCACAUAACCUUCUUUUGGAACAUAGUUCAGCUAUCAACCACACUAUUGUCAAAAAAUAUUUUUUAUGUCUUCUUGACUACUUUUUUUAAAUUUUAAAUUACGACUGUUUGUUCUUCCCUUUGUUGUCCCUUGGAAAUGCCCCUUAUCUAUUUUCCCAUGUCUGUUUAUGAAUUUGUAUUUUAUUAAUAUUAUUAUUAUUCCUUAUUUAAAUAUGCUUGCAAACAAUGACAUUUCUGGUACUUUGAUUUUCAUUAUUUAUAUUUUUUUGAUGGAAUUCAUUUGUUUCACAUCUUUAACUUCUAUUUUUUUUUAUUAACACAUCGGUCGCUUCCCAUCAAGGCAGGGUGGCCCAAAAAAGAAAAACUUUAAUCAUCAUUCACUCCAUCACUGUCUUGCCAGAGGCACACUUACACUACAGUUAUAUAACUGCAACAUUAACCCCUCCUUGAGAAUGUAGGCACCGUACUUCCCGUCUCCAGGACUCAAGUCUGGCCUGCCGGUUUCCCUGAAUCCCUUCAUAAAUGUUACCCUGCUCACACUUCAAACACGUCAAGUCCUAAAAACCAUUUGUCUUUAUUCGCUCCUAUCUAACACACUCACACAUGCUUGCUGGAAGUCCAAGCCCCUCGCACACAAAACCUCCUUUACCCCCCUCCCUCCAACCUUUCCUAGGCUGACCCGUACCCCGCCUACAGUGAAAUCUCUCAAAACGUGGAGUUACAUUCCUGAAAAUCAACACCUCCUGCACUACACAUGCAUAUGGAGAAAAUAGGGUUGUGUUCUAGAAAUUUUAAAUUUACUACUAGGUAAAAAUUGCUGCUGUACUUACCUUACACUAUGUUAGUUAUUCCUUGAAGUAUUUGAAGAAUGGGGAAGAUAAAAGUGGACUAACUGGGCUGAGUUGAAUGUAGCAAGGUUUAUAAGCUGAUACACUCAGUACAUGUGAACAAACCAAAUUUUACCAACGAUAUAGGAACUCGCCACACCUAUUCCCAACAAACAUAUACCAAAGAUGAAUGAAUUUCAUAAAAUCAUCACAAAGAACAGAUAUUAAUAAAAUAAUGUGGGAGGCAGCAUAAGCUGGGCCUGUCAGCAUGUCAACAUUGGUAAAAAAAAAAAAAAUUAAAUUCCUUAUCAAUUUGUACCAAACAUAGAAACCACCACUAUACCAGAUGAUCAUAUGUUAAUAACCAAGAAAAAUAAAGUAAUACACAAAAUACUGUGGGAGAUUAUCUGGGAGAUGUAAAGAGAACUGCCAACUCAGUCUUUGGCUCUAAAAUAUUGUGAGACAACAGAUUAUUUUUCUAAUUUUUCAGUACAUAUCUGAAUUGUCUGUAUAACUUACAUAUUUUGUAUGAUCUGUGCAUGAUGAGCCUAUAAUGCUUAAUGGAAGAGAGAGCAAUUAGUGGGUUACACCAUGUGCUUUGGCUGAACCAAAGCUAGGGUCAAUAGGAAAUAGAACACUUUCAUCUCCUCACUCAAGAUAUUACUGUACUGCAAUGUUAAUAUAAUAAGAGGCAUGAACUGGCAAGAGACUUGUCCAUACAUCUUCCCUUAAUGUAUUAGCCUUACCUUGCAAGGUGUGGGGAAUAGAAUAUGCAAUGUAUUUGGACAUUCAGCUGAUUUAAUGGAUGCGCCAGACACUGCUGCUCGGUCAGCAGUACAUGACCUACCAAUUUCAUAUAGAGAUGUUCCAUUUACGGACUAUUUUGCUGUAAUAGCUACCCACCUUCACACCCUUUGGCAACAACGUUAGUCUACUCUACUCGAUAAUAAACUUCAGUCUAUUAAACCGAGUAUAGGUUACUGGCCGUCUUCUUGUCACCAGUGAGAUUGGGAGACUACUCUCUCCCGUCUCCGCAUUGGCCAUACUUGUCUUACUCGUGGAUAUCUCAUGGAGAGUCAGGUUCCAUUAUCGGUCAGCCACAUUCUGUUAGACUGCCCGCUUUAUCAACGAGCACGCAGAAUUUACCUCCAACGUCGUCUUCGCUCCGCUGCUCUCUCUUUACCUUCCCUUCUUGCUGAUGGACCCACCUUUCAUCCGGACUCUCUCAUUGACUUUUUGACAACUGACUGACUUCACAAACUUUGAUGAUACCUUUAGCCCUUUCUACCUCGAUCUCUUGCUACCCUCUACCCUGCACUAUCCCCUGCCCCGCUGUUUUCUGUAACCUACUGAGCGCCCCUCCCUCCUUCCCUGCUUCCUUUCCUACCCUGCUUCCUUUCCUACCCUGCAGCGCUGUAUAGCCCUUGUGGCUUAGCGCUUCUUUUUUAUUAUAAUAAUAAUAAUGGAUGCUCUGGCUUUCUCCUUUAAAUGCUUAUUCCCUUUUUAUUAUCAUCAAUUGCCAACAUGCUAAGCAAUUGUAGAAAUACAGCUAGAGUAGAUACAUCACUAUUAAAGGCACAGGAAUAUGUAAUUAGUGUAAUGAUAAUUUAUGAUACCAGGUUACUAACUUAAGGGGUUAGUCUAAAUAAAGUCAUCAUCUUCUACUGAACAUUUGUGAAUUCUUGAUAUUAAUACACUGAAUAUUCUCUUCAAACUUUUCAUGCAGGCAUUUUAUAUAAACUAAGUAUUCCUAAGCCUAGGUAGUAGGUUGGUAGACAGCAACUGCCAGGGAGGUACUACUGUCCUGCCAAGUGAGUGUAAAACAAAAGAAUGUAAUUAUUUUACAAGAUGGUAGGAAUGGUGGUGUCUUUUUUUCUGUCUCAUAAACAUGCAAGAUUUCAGUUAGGUCUUGCUACUUCUACUUACAUUAAGGUCACACUACACAUGCAUGUACAAGCAUAUAUAUACAGACCCAUCUGGGUUUUCUUUUAUUUUUCUUACUAGCUCUUCUUGUUUAUUUCCACUUAUCUCCAUGGGGAAGUGGAACAGAAUUCUUCCUACAUAAGCCAUGAGUGUCAGUAAGAGUCGACUAAAAUGCCGGGAGCAAAGGACUAGUAACCCUUUCUCCUGUAUAUUGUUAAAUGUAAAAGGAGAAGCUUUUGUUUUCUUUUUGGGCCACCCCGCCUCGGUGGGAUACGGCUGGUGCAUUGAAAGAAAGAAAUAUUCCUAAGUUAUAUAAAUUCUGAAAGUCAUUAGGCAAGAAAAAUACUGUCUAGUGAACAUAAUUUGCUCUCACUUAGCAAAUACAGUCAAAGGUAGAGAACUGGGGGUACCUACUCAUGGCCCAUUGAGCAGAUUUAGAAAAUCUGUGGAUUGUAUCACAAUAGCCAGAUUUGGCAUAUUUAAUUUUUUUGUAGAUUUACUGCUUAAUAUCAAGAUUCUUUUGCUCUAUGAAAUUCUUCAACUGCAUUUACACAAUUAUAGUGUGUGAGGUCGUAGAAUUAGAGGGGUUUAUUGUAGGUUUUUAAAGGUGCAGACACUGUUCUAGACACACAUUUCAGUUGUAGCCUAACAUACAACUAGCAAUGUGUAAAAGCCCACUGUAUGCUUUACAAUAUCACUGCUCUGACAUUUCACAGUCCAGGGUGGGAACAAAUGUGUCAUUCUUCAGGUAAGGCUACAGACAACCCAGACUCAUAAUAGUUCUCCAUAGAGAUUGUAGGGAAAGUUACCCAUUCUGAUAAGGUUUAACUCUUUUAGGGUUUCGCCAUACUAGUACGGCUUACGCACCAGGGUUUUUGACGUACUAAUACGCCUAAAUUCUAGCGCCCUCAAAUCUAGUGAGAGAAAGCUGGUAGGCCUACAUAUGAAAGAAUGAGUCUAUGUGGUCAGUGUGCGCGGUAUAAAAAAAAUCCUGCAGCACACAGUGCGUAAUGAAAAAAAAAAACUUUGACCGUGGUUUUGGAUUAAAACAGCGACUUUGCACUGUAUUUUCGUAUGGUAUUUAUUGUUGUAUUCUAGUUUUCCUGGUCUCAUUUUAUAGAAUGGAAGACAUAUUACAGAAAUUGAGAUGAUUUUGACUGGUUUUACAAAGAAAAGUACCUUGAAAUUGAGCUCAAAGUAGCAGAAAUGUUCGAUUUUUACCAAAGUUCAAAAGUAAACAAAUCAUGCUGUGUUCCAAUACACAUCAACUGGUGAGUCUAAUAUUCUUUCACAAGUGUGCUGAUAUUAUUUAUACCAUUUCUACACUAAUGCAGUAUGCAUAACAGUAAAUCUUAUUUUUUUUUGUGAGAAUAAAAAUUCAAAGUGGAAAGCAAAAGAAUGCAAGAGGGGGAUGGGGACGUGACUAAGGAACAGAGGAAAUGUUAUUUUAGUGCCAGGAAUGCCUUUCUUGUUUAUUUUGGACCCUAUUCAGAAAUUGGCAUCUUUUGAAAUUUGUGUAAAAUUGCUAAAUUCUGACCACUGUAUUGGAUAGUUGAAAUCGGUAAAUGAGUGGUUUCUUGUACUCAUUCGAUAGAAAAAAUGGAGUUCUAGUGAAAUAGUUAUGAUUUUUUCGACAAGUACACUGGAAUUGGCCGAAAAUAGGGCUCGAAGUGGACAAAAUCGCCGAUGCGUAAACAUCAUCGAGACCGCUAACUUCGUGAGAGCAUAAUUCCGUAAGUUUUCCAUUAAAUUUCAUACUUUUGGUGUCAUUAUGAUUGGGAGAAGAUUCUCUAUCUUUUCAUAAGAUUUUUUUUUUUUUUUUUUUUUUUUUUUUUUUAAUUUGGCCGACAAUGAGAACAAGUCUCUGAGAGGGCCUGUCGACUAUGAAAGGGUUAAUGGGGUGUUGGCCCCUCACCCAGUGCUAACUUCAUUUUCUGAUAUGCCCUGUUUUCUCUGGCUGAUCAUUAAAUAUACCAAAUAAGUUUAAUGCCUAAUAAAUAAUAAUAAUGGCCCUCUUGUUCUUUCAAAUUAUGCCCAUCUUUAGAACAAGAUGGCUUAAUAAAAUUUAAAAAUGUGUGCAAAAUUGAUAUGAAGUAUUUCUUCAAAUGGUGGUAGGUAGCUGGAAUGGACUGCCAAAGCAGGUUUUAAGUGGUAGAUUCCUAACCCUUGUAUGUCAAUAGGCAGUAAACAUUUUUUGUGAUGAACAAACUACUAUCUCCACCACUUAAAAACAAAAUAUUAAUUUUAGAAGGCAAGAUAUCAUGAGCAUAGGUUUACUCCUAUAACUACAAAUAGGUAAUUACAUGUUGAGGGUAACAUCAUUAGCAUAUGUACACCACACAUGUAAGAUCAGUAUUUUGUAUGCAGCACCUGAAUGACUCUCUGACAUCAUUGUACACAUCAAGAACAUGGAAAAAAGUUCAGAGGUUUUGCCUUAGGCUGAUCCCAGAGCUCAAAAAGAGUUAGGAUAUAAAGAUAAGCUAAAAGAACUAAGCUUUUCAACACUAGAGGUAUGACGAACUGGAGACAUGAUCACAACAUGGGAGUUACAGGGUACUGAAGAUAUCUACAGAGAAGACAGGGAUGCACUUUUGAACAUAAGACAGAACUGAUAAAUGGAGGACAGUUGGAACUGACAGUCUAGGUGAGCCAGAAUGACUAGGAUCAAUAUCAAGCUGAGCCCAAGUGGAGACAUCCUUAGUAAAAAGUAUUCACUACAUGGACUUAUUACUUUUAUAAAUUCUUGCAUUAAAACAAGGUGAUCAAAGCCUGCAUCUUUUAU